UGACCUGACUGCCUUCCUUGGGAGCAGAAGAAGACAAAAGCGGAGAGGGUUCUAAAAUAAUUGCCACCUGAAAAACUAAGGGUUCAGGGGAAACCGCCGCCAUGUCCAGCAAACGUGCCAAGGGGAAGACCACGAAGAAGCGCCCCCAGAGGGCGACUUCCAACGUCUUCGCCAUGUUCGACCAGUCCCAGAUCCAGGAGUUCAAGGAGGCCUUCAACAUGAUUGACCAGAACCGCGACGGCUUCAUCGACAAGGAGGACCUGCACGACAUGCUGGCCUCGCUGGGUAAGAACCCGUCAGAUGAUUACCUGGAGGGCAUGAUGAGUGAGGCUCCGGGCCCCAUCAACUUCACCAUGUUCCUCACCAUGUUCGGGGAGCGUCUCAACGGCACAGACCCAGAGGACGUCAUCCGCAACGCCUUCGCCUGCUUUGACGAGGAAGGAUCCGGCGUGAUCCACGAGGACCACCUACGGGAGCUGCUGACCACCAUGGGCGACCGCUUCACCGAUGAGGAGGUGGACGAACUGUUCCGCGAGGCACCCAUUGACAAGAAGGGCAACUUCAACUACGCCGAGUUCACCCGCAUUCUCAAGCACGGCGCCAAGGACAAGGACGAUAUUUAAAGACUCCUAUCUGACCUGAUGUCCUCCCUAGAGCACAAAAAACCCUCUUGCCCAUUUGUACCUCUCCCUUCCUCUUGCCCGCGUCGGCAGCCGAAACCACCGACAAGCUGUGCC